GUAGAGGAGAGAGGGAGAGGAGGAGCGUGGCUGGGGCUGGGUGCUGGCUGGCUAGCGAGAGCUGCUGCUGUUUGACUCGUGGCAGCACCCGGCACGCCUCCACCACACUCUCCUCCACCACUACAUCCACCAUGGCCUCCACAUUAGCCCAAGUCGCCAGGGUAGCCCUCACCAAGGCCCCUAGCCAUGCCAGGGUCGCCGUACCCACCGCAAUGGCCCAGAAAAUGUCAUACUCCACAGACAAGAGGAUUGAGGUGAAAAACCCUGUGGUGGAGCUGGAUGGUGAUGAGAUGACCCGCAUCAUCUGGGAGAAGAUCAAGGACUACCUCAUCUACCCUUACCUCAAGAUCGACUGCAAAUACUAUGACCUUGGGCUGCCGUACCGUGACCAGACCAACGACCAGGUGACCAUCGACUCUGCUCUGGCCAUCAAGAAGUACAACGUGGGCAUCAAGUGUGCCACCAUCACCCCUGACGAGCAGCGCGUGGAGGAAUUCAAGCUGAAGAAGAUGUGGCUCAGUCCUAACGGCACAAUCCGUAACAUUCUGGGCGGCACCGUCUUCAGGGAGCCCAUCAUUUGCAAGACCAUUCCCCGUCUGGUCCCCGGCUGGACCCAGAGCAUCAUCAUCGGCAGGCACGCCCAUGGAGACCAGUACAAGGCCACCGACAUGGUCAUCCCUGGCAAUGGCUCAGUUGAGAUUGUGUACACUCCUGAGGGCGGCGAGCCACAGAGGACCAAGGUGUUCGACUUCAAGACGGGCGGCGGCGUCACCAUGGCCAUGUACAACACCGACGAGUCCAUCCGAGACUUUGCCCACUCCUCCUUCCAGGUGGCGCUGGGCAAGGGCUGGCCACUGUACAUGUCCACCAAGAACACUAUUCUGAAGCGCUACGAUGGACGUUUCAAGGACAUCUUUGAGGAGAUCUACCAGGAGAAGUACAAGAAAGACUUCGACGCCAAGGGGAUCUGGUACGAGCACCGCCUGAUUGACGACAUGGUGGCUCAGGGCCUCAAGUCGUCUGGUGGCUUUGUGUGGGCCUGCAAGAACUAUGACGGUGAUGUGCAGUCCGACGUGGUGGCUCAGGGCUAUGGUUCCCUUGGGCUGAUGACCUCUGUGCUGAUGUGCCCUGACGGCAAGACCAUUGAGUCAGAGGCGGCCCACGGCACCGUCACGCGCCACUAUCGGGAGCACCAGAAGGGCAAUAAGACCUCCACCAACCCUGUGGCCUCCAUUUUUGCCUGGACCCGCGGCCUGGAGCACCGCGCCAAGCUGGACGGCACCCCAGAGCUGGCCAGGUUUGCACAGAGUCUCGAGGCAGCUUGCAUUGACACUGUGGACUCCGGCAAGAUGACCAAGGAUCUGGCUGGCUGCAUUCACGGACUCAAGAACCUAAAGGAAGGAAUGUAUCUCCACACGAACGACUUCCUGGAGGCCAUUCGUGAGGAGCUGGCAAGGAAGAUGGCCUAGAGAGCAAGACAGCAAGGUGGGGAAGGGCCUGGAGUGUGCGGGAAGUUGCCACAAGUUCAAACCUUCAGUGUGGGAUGGCGUAGUCACGAGGGAAACAAAGGGAAGAGUUGUACGGCAGAAAAUAUUAAAGAUACCUACGUUUAUAUUUUUUUUGUUUGGUUUGGUCUCCGAUGAUGUGCUUGUAUAAGGGAUGGCUAGAUCUGAUACGAGCUUAUUCUUGUGCUAAAUGAAGCCUUUCUCUGCUGAAUGGUGAAGGGAUUGGAUGAACCCUGUGUUGGAAAAUGCUGUUAAGUUUGUUCUGAGAUUUUGUAAAGCGAGUGAAGGGAAUCCAGUUGUCUUUGGAGAGUAACUUGUAAGGAAAGUCAAGAGGAUUAAAUUGUGUGUAAAGAAAGUGAAAAGAAUUGUCUUUGGAGCAUUUGUACAGAAAGUGAACAGAAUUUGUCAUUUGUGCAGAAACUGAACAUAAUUAAAUUGUCUUUUUGGAGAAAACUAAA